GCUUUUCAUCCACAAAAAAUCUGGAAGGAUCAUUUCCACACUCAUCACCAAGACCUCACUGUGUCAAUCCCUGUACGUCGCCAUGUGGAUGCAGAACUCAGUGGCGGGCGGCAACUUCCACGACCGCAACCGCUUCGGCUCGCAGUAUGGGCAGAGCUCGUACAGUGGCGGGGCGUCGCACGACUCGGGCGCUGGCGACUGGAAGAGCAAGAUCCUCGAGAGCGGCCAAUGGCUCGGCGGUAAAGUCAUCGAAUACGGCGGGAAACUCGCGCGCGGGCCCAAUACGGACUCCAUCCCGGACCACUACGCGCAUCAGAUGCCUCGAAAUGAUGGUCGUGCCAAUUGGAUGGCAGAUAUCCGCAGUUCCUCGUCUUCCUACUCGGGAGGGGGCACUGGGGGAUACGGAGGGGGUUACCAGAACGACUUUGCCACGGAGAGACCGAAGGCGUACUCGGACUACAACAGGGGGCACUCGAGUAAUCCACCAAAUGCUUAUGAACCCAAGAGCUUGAGCUCCACGGACCACCACAAGCAUCGCCACGCCAAGAAGAAAAGUGACAGUAAGAAGAGCAAAAAACACAGCAAAAAGAGCAAAAAGAAGCAGCAGAGCGAGAGUGAAAGUCCGUCGGAGAGCGAAAGCGAGGAAUUGUCCAUUUCCGAGUCCUCGGAGACCGAAUCAGCGGACGAACGACGCCACAAGAGCAAGAGUAAGAAAAAAUCCAAGACCAAAAAGCACGGCGGAUUUUAUUCGAGUGACAGCGACGAAGACGUCGGCAAGCGUAAAGCUUCAGCGGAUUACUCGUUCUCGUUCGACCCAGCCAAGCUGCCGCCUCCACCCGUAGAGGAAUCGAAGGAGUCCAAGAAACCCAAGAAAUCCAAGAGCAAGAAGGAGAAAACUGGGAAAAAGUCGCGUACACGCCGCCAAUCUGUUGCAUCCACCGACGAGGAAUCCGUUUCGGAGAAGGAAAACACUCGUGCAAAGGCGAAGAAACGUGGCAGCAAGAAAGCAGCAGCAACAGCAACAGCAACAGUAGACUUACUGGGAGUGGAUCUGGAUGCUGAGCCAGUGGCCCAGCCUGCCACUGCUACGCAGGAAGUGCAGCCUUCGAUCUUCGACACGCCACAGAAUCCUCUGCAAGAUCUCGCUGGUUUGAGCUUCGCAGCUCCCGUACAGGCAUCUGCUCCGCAGCCGUCAGUGUUUGAUACCAACACGGCUGCUUCGACUCCAACUGAAGCGCAGCCUCAGCAAACCGAAGCGUUCCGAACGAGCCUCCUGCCAGAGAAUAACAUCGUGGACUUCAACUCGUUAGCGAGUGAGAAGAAGAAGACGCUGUCUGCCAAUCCGGAGGAGAAGCGGACGUUGAACGACAUGCAAAAAGCUCGAGGUGCCGACCAGCCGACACCUGUGAUGGCGAUGCCGAUGCAAAGUCAGCAGAUGCAGCAACCGAAUAUGAUGCAGCUGAGUAUGAACAUGAACCAGCUCCAGCUCACAGACGGCAACAUGCAGCAGCAAAUGUACCCGAACAUGCAGAUGGCAAUGAAUCACCCGCAGAUGAUGAUGCAGCCUCAAAUGGCCAUGAUGUCGCAGCCUCAGAUGAUGAACAUGCAGCGUAUGCAGCAACAGCAAUUUGCUCAAGCCAACGCGACUAUGACGCACCCGUCAGGAACGCAACAGACUUCGCAGACCAUGAAUGGAGCUAACAACCCAGACCCGUUCAACCAGAUCUCGUAAAAAAGAACAAGUUCCACCCCCAGGUUUGCUAGAGUGUCGUGUUCUUCGUAGCUUUGAACUGAACAUGUUUUAUUGUCUUCGGCUUUAACUAGAGUGAAUUGUUGUGUCUGGAGAUUUUCGUUGCCCAAGCAAAUUGCUGCAUAAACUUUAUUAACAAAAUCUCCAGGUACUUAGUUUUUGCCGACGUCUCGAGGUGCUCCCCUCUUGAUCUGGACCUGUUCAUUAAAAGUGAGUCAAGUUGUUUGGACCACACCUUAUCCUCGAGAG